GAGUUAAGGUCAGCCGGAGCGCUCUCUAUCGGAAUAACAAAGGAGAGAGAACAAUGGCAAGCAGAGGUUUGCUCCUCUUCAAGGCUCCGUUGCCGAAGCAACUCUGCUUCUCUCCGAAAUUCCCUCUCCAUUGCAAUAUACUCAACGGAUUUCGUAGCUGCUCAACAACUACAACAACCGUGUCCUCUCUUCCACCACCAGACGUCGCUCGUUUGGCUGAAACUGCCCGUAUCACUCUCACUCCUCAAGAGGUAGAAGAAUUUGCGCCCAAAAUUCGGCAAAUGGUAGAUUGGUUUGGACAACUCCAAGCAGUUGAUCUUAGUAGUGUUGAGCCUGCCCUUAGAGCAGGUACAGAAGUCGACAGCUUUCGGGAUGAUAUUCCAGAAUCAUUUGAGAAUAGGAAUGCCAUGAUAAAUGCUGUUCCAAGCUAUGAAGAGCCAUAUAUCAAAGUUCCCAAAGUUCUGAACAAGGAGUAACACUAAUUUAGGUGUCCUUUGGGAGGAUGGGGUUUGUAUUCAACUUCUGCAAUGUAUCAUCUAGGUGAUUUAACUCUUAUAUUUUGCAUUUUUUGCUUUAUUAAUGGAAUCAUGAAAUGAGAUCUUCCCCUAUGUGACGAUUCGUGUGAAGAAUCAAGUAUUGUCCUUUUACUAGAUCAUCCAGUUUGAUCUGUGUUAAUAAGCUGCAUAUCUCUCAUUGAAAAAUGAAUAGUAUUGCUCAACUUUUCUUG